UUUAAAAUGAAAUGGAAAUAGCCACCAAAAAAAUAGGAUGUAUUGAUUAUGUUACUGAUCAAAAAGAUGAGGAUGAUAUCAGGAUCUAUGUAGAAGAAUGGUUGCAUUCUCCUUAUGGUUAUUAUGUGUGGCCUUCAGCGAUUGUACUCAGUAAGUAUGUUUGGCAUCAUAGACAUCAAUUCAAGAACAAAACUAUUCUGGAAGUGGGUGCAGGUACCUCUGUUCCUUCGUUGGUAUUAACAAAGAUCAAGCAAGCUCCUCAUUUAUUGAUCACUGAUUUACCUUCCAUUACUCCUGUAGCCACUGGUUGUUUAGCUUUGAAUGGGAUUGAUUUAGAUCAAAACGGCUGUUUUAUAUCGUCCUCUUUAUCACUCAUGGUCCGUCCUUUACAAUGGGGUCAGCUUGCAUCAGAUAAUAAUAGUGAUGGUGUGGAUAGUUUAUUGGACGAGAUGAUGACCCAUUGGCCUCAUAGAAAAGUGGAUUACAUUCUUGGAAGUGACACAUUUUAUGAUCCUCAAGAAUUUGAAUCUUUGUUGAUGACCGUGGCUUAUAUUAUUCAUCGACACAAUCCCCAUUGCAAGUUCAUCACCGCGUAUCAAGAACGAAGCUCAAAACGAAGUAUUCAAUACUUGUUGGACAAAUGGUCUUUACAGUGUCGGUUGAUCCCAAGACAAGAUAUCGAUGAUGAUGGUGAUGAUAAUAGUGAUGAUGAUGGUGAUGAUAAUAGUGAUGAUGAUGAUGAUGAUGAUGCUGGUAAUUCAUAUAACGGCAUUGACAACAACAACAACAACAACAACAACAAUAACAACAAUAACAAUAGCUAUGAUGAUAUCGACGAUAAUGAUGACAAUGAAAAUGAGAAAGAUAUUCCUCACAUCAAUAUCCACACUAGCACUAUGGCAAGCGUCUUCUUAUUGGAAAUAUCGGCAAAACCGGGUGACACACUUUGAUUGAUUCCAAACAAGGCAGAGAUAUAUUGUAGAAAUAAUUAUAGAAUUUAAAAAUAAUAAAAUAUUAUCUAGU